ACGAGUACUCGCAACAACCCUAAUUUUUCACAUUACACUCUCCAUCUCAUCUCUCACAACUAUAAUUUAUUCGUUUACUAGUUUUUACUUUUUAAUUAAUUUAGAAAAAUUGGGAUUUUUCAAGUGCUUAAUUUAAUGAUUGUGUUUACCAUCCAAUUGGUGGUAUUGUUAUUUGAACCGAGUGAAUUUUGCAGAAAAUAUACGUGCGAUGGCUGGGGAAGAUUAUGAUGGACAUGAUGAGGGAUAUGUGCCUGAGGACCCCAAUUUUCCACAAAAUCAUUGUGAUGAACAUGAUGUGGGAACUGUGAUUGAUGACUCUGGAUUUCCUCAACUGCUACCUGAUGAACAUGGUGGUAUCAAUUUGGGUGAGGAUGUCAAUCCUCCUGAAAUUCGUUUUGAUGGACAUGAACAUGAUGAUGGGGGUUUCCCUGGAAACACUGAUUAUCCACAGCAAGAACAUAUUGAGGAACAUUAUGGUACAGGAGAUGUGACAGAGAACUUCGAUCAUCUGCAAGAACAGGGAUCCGAGAUUGAUUCCAAAGGAAACGAGAUACAAAGGUGGCCCGGGUGGCCUGGAGAGAAUGUGUUCAGGAUGUUGGUUAUGGUGCAAAAGGUUGGCAGCAUUAUUGGCCGAAAGGGAGAGUUUAUUAAGAAAAUCACGGAAGAGACUAAGGCACGAAUUAAAAUUCUUGAUGGUCCACCUGGAACCUCAGAAAGAGCAGUAAUGGUUUCUGCAAAAGAAGAGCCAGAUCGUCUCAUACCACCUGCUGUUGAUGGUUUGCUAAGGGUUCAUAAACAAGUUAUCAAUGUAGAUGCAGAUAGCACAUAUGGUGCUGGAUGCUCAGUUGUCACCAGGCUUCUAGUGGCAGAUACUCAAGCAGGAAGCUUGAUUGGGAAACAGGGCUCCACAAUAAAAUCCAUUCAAGAUGCCUCUGGUUGCACUAUACGUGUUCUUGGAUCAGAAAACCUGCCAGUUUUUGCUCUGCCAGAUGAUAGUAUUGUUGAAAUACAAGGGGAAUCUGCUGGAGUUCACAAGGCAGUUGAACUUAUUGCUAUUCAUUUACGUAAGUUCUUGGUUGACCGCAGCAUAGUUGGAGUAUUUGAAACGCGGAUGCAGAGGCCAGAUGUUCGAGUUAACCAGAAUGCGCCACCACACCAAACUUGGGGUCCUCCUCCUCAAGGGUUUCCAGCUCCUGGUGGUGGACCUUCUUUUGCACCCAAUCAUCAAUACAUGCCGCCUUCACAUCACUAUGAUAAUUAUUACCCAACUGCUGACCUGCCUUCCAUGGACAAGCACCUUCAUCAGGGUCCACCACCUGCCUAUGCAAGGGAUGCUUCUAUGGGAAUUCAUUCGUCAAGCACGCAACCACAACAAUCGGCCGUGACUAAGGUCACGCAGCACAUGCAAAUUCCUCUUUCAUAUGCAGAUGCUGUUAUUGGAGCAUCAGGCACAAAUAUCAGCUACAUACGUCGUGCUAGUGGAGCAAGUAUUACAAUUCAGGAGACAAGGGGUGUGCCAGGGGAGAUGACUGUCGAGAUAAGUGGGACGACUACACAAAUACAGGCAGCCCAACAGCUGGUUCAGAAUUUUAUGGCUGAAGCUGCAAAUGCGCAACAGGAUCAUAUGGGGGGAUCAGGUUACAAUGCCUAUCCAACUAAUGCUCCUCUUUAUACAUCUCCACCCUCUAGCGCUGAUGGUCAUAUAGGCUAUGCGCCUUCUGCAGAUUAUGGCCCUUUAUAUGGUACCAAUUACGGCUACUAAGUAACUUACAAUCAAUUUUGGCUGAAGAGCCUUGUGUAAACUUUAAAUUCAGUUCUAGUUCUCGGGGGUAUAUAUUUUGGGUAUAUGCUGUAUUAGGAUUUUUUUUAUCCCGGCGACUGGGGUUGUCAUAUUGAUGGUCCUGUUUAUGUUUUCGCUUGGACAUUCAUAUAUUAUU